UAGGGGCGAGGGCAGGUAGCAAUGUAUGUGGAGCAAGAGGUUUCGUCAAGGUGUCCACGUACGUGCUCGAAAGUACGGGCUAAGCAGCUUAGGGGGUCCCGGGGACGCAGUAAGACCCGGACCCGAGGCUCCCGAAGCAAGGCCCACCAUGUCCACAGGCGAUCGCUACCGGAGCACAAGAAGGCGCAAGUGCGAGAGAAAGAGGUGUGGAAGCCCUGGAAAGGGCUCAUCGUAAUUGGAAAGAGAGUGGAACUCUUGGACAGAAACCUGCAAAAGUCUAAACUGUGGGACACAAAGUUGGAAUCUGAGGACUGGAAGCCAGAGGACGAGGGGAAGAAGUCCUCGAAAGAGAGAUCAGGCCUGCAUCAGGAGAGGGUGGACACGAAGCUCCUGAACAGUGCGGGAAGGACGGUACAGGCUUCAGCAGUUUUGGAGCCUGGCAGCUCAGAGAAGAUUUGGAGACCAGGAGACUCCAAAGUUCGAGCUGUAUCCAGGAGUGCAGAGAUGACUGCAGAGCCUGAAGAAAAAUUGAAGGACAAGUUUAAGGACAGGUUGAGGACCACUAGAGGGGACUUGAGGUCCAGAGGGGACCAACUGGGGCAGAUUGAGGAGUCGAGUGAGGAGAACUUGAUGUACAAGAAAGAGAAACGGGGGUCCACUGGAGAGAAGGUGGUGGGCAGAGGAGAGAAGCGGAGAUCUGUUGUAGAGAAAGUGGACAGUAGAGAGAGACAGGGAUAUAGUGGAGAGAAGCGGAGAUCUGUUGUAGAGAAAGUGGACAGUAGAGAGAGACAGGGAUAUAGUGGAGAGAAGCGGAGAUCUGUUGUAGAGAAAGUGGACAGUAGAGAGAGACCAGGGCAUAGUGGAGAGAGGCGGAGAUCUGUUAUAGAGAAAGUGGACAGUAGAGAGAGACCGGGGCAUAGUGGAGAGAGGCGGAGAUCUAUUGUAGCGAAAAUGGACAGUAGAGAGAGGCGGGGGUCCGUCAGAGAGAAGGCCUUGGACAUUAGAGAAAGGCGGGGGUCCAUCAGAGAGAAGGCCUUGGACAGUGGAGAGAGGCGGGGCGUUGUCAGAGAGAAGGCCUCGGACAGUGGAGAGAGGCGGGGGUCCACCAGAGAGAAGGUGAAGUCAAAUGAUGAAAAGCAGAAGUUGAGUAGAGAGAAAUUAAGGUCCAGCGGAGAGAAGCUGAGGACUGGUGAUAUCUCCACUGGAGAUAAUCUGGAGUCAAAUAUUGGGGAAUUGGAAUCUGAUGAAAUGAAGCUGGAAACGCAUUCAAGAACAGAGAUAGCAACUGAAGAAGAUACGGAAAAAGUGAUACAAAUUACUGGUGAUGAAAGUGUGAUAGAAAAUACGAGUCAGGAAAUGCAAAUUCAUGACAGUAGAGAUGAACAAGGAGGAGCAGAAGAAGAGAUGGGAAUUGACAGUUCUGCCGGGGAUGAAAUGAAAGAUACUGCUGAUUGAUCUGUUCCUGUGGAAGAGAAAGACACAGUUAGAGAACACUCUGUGGAAUCAGAGGAGGAUGAAGAAGCAACGGUAAAGUCGAAGAGAAGCUAGAGCCAAGCAGAACUUUGCUGAUCUUGAAAGGGUAAAUGUGAGUGAGGAGUCUGGACCUAAAAGGAUCAUGGGAAUGGAGGCAAAAUUUCUGGGCAUGGAAGCCAAGCAAGUAUUGAUGGAAGUGAAGAGUGGGAAAGAGGGACAUGGAAACAUGUUAAGGAAGAAGAAAAGACUUGGGAGCAAAUGCUAAGUUGAAGGAAGCUGACUGUUGCAUCUUAAAAAACUAUUUGAGAAAUGGGUUGAGGGUGGGCUGGAUUUUGGCAGAUAUGUACAUAGGAAGGGGGUCUGAGAUGUAGAAGGUCAAAAGAGAUUAUAGCAGGAUGAAAGAUGGACGCGGAAGGCUGUGGGAGAAGCAGCCAAUGAGUGAGGUGUCCAAAGCUGAUGCCAAAAACUGAGGGGCUCCAGCAGCAGGGAGACAAAGGGGAAGAGGAGUGAUGGAAUAAAAGCUUAAGGAAGUGAGAAGCCAUAUCCUGCCAUGGUGCUUAGAGCCCUGUCUACCCGAGGCCACAUUUGACGACUGCUCUGGGGCGUCUGCGAGCCGAGGUAUUGUCCUCUCUUUAAGAGAUGUCUUCCUGGACGCUGGGUGAAGACUCAGUAUCUGCCCAUGUGUGGAACAUGACCUACACUUCAGGAAGAACAGAUUUUGAGGACUCACCAGAUUUCUGUUCCUUGGCUGGCUGACUUCUUUACCUGAGAUAUCUGCUGUGUUCCACCAAGACCACAGACGCCAGUGAAGACCGAGUUACCAUGACAGAUGUCAGCUGCCUCGUAAGUGCAGAUGUGCUGAAUUAUCUAGAUAGCUACAAGGUUUAUCUGUUCGUUUGUUUAUCGAGACAAGGUCUGUAUAGCUCAGGCUGGCCUGGAGCUUCUUGUAGGCAGCCUGGCCUUGAACUCACAGAGAGCCACCUACUUCUGCCUCCAACCUGCUGGAAUUAAAGGU